UUAUGUAAUCGCGAGUCAUUCGUACAAAUUAUAUCGACCGGACCCGACCUCUACAUCCAGUUCAAGACCGGGUCCGCUCAGCCCCUGUAUAACGGAUUCAAAGCCUCAUACCUUUUCGAGACAAACCAAACGAGUUUGCAUUCACUGUCAGCCGUCACCACAUCGACGAUAAGUCCCCUGAAAAUAGAAAGCAUACAAAUCCCACAAACAGAACCAGUCGAAGAUCUGCUCCAUAAGGACGAGACCACAGAAUCUUCCAGAAACUGUCCAGAAAUGGCGACAAAACCCAACGGUUUGUCAUUGGAGAUCACCGAAUACCUGGCCACUAAAGGCCUGUCAGUACAGUGCCUACUACGAGAGGGCGGGUAUUCCUAUGUAUACAAAGCGGUGUCGGGCGACAGCCAACUGGCCGUCAAAGUAAUCAAUUUGGAGAAGCAGUCAGAACGCGAUCGCAAAGAGUUUCUGCCGCAAGAGAUUCAGAUAUCGCGGUCUGUGGACCACAAGUAUAUCAUGAAAACGCACGACAUCUACGAGUUGUCCGACAAGUUUGUGAUUAUGAUCAGCGACUUCGCCGACGGCGGAGAUUUGGUCACAAUAUUGGACCGAAACGUCGAGAUCGACGAGAGGUGUGCGCGCCUGUGGUUCGCGCAGGUGGUCGAGGCGGUGGUCUAUUUGCACGGCACGGGCGUCGCGCACCGGGACAUCAAACCCGAUAAUGUGCUCAUUCACGGCGGGGUCGCCAAGUUGUGCGACUUCGGGUUGGCGCGCAAGUCGGUGGACGAGACUACCGGCGCCCUAGUGUUGAGCGACAUCGCGUGCGGGACCGUCGACUACCAGUCGCCCGAGCAGUUCGCGUGCGAGCUGUACGCCAAGCCCUACGACCCCUUUGUGUCCGACUGCUAUAGUUUAGGCGUUUUGCUGUUUAUGAUGAUUACACUGGAGUUUCCAUACGACUGCGAGAAUAUUGACUUUCAUUGCGACCAACACUUGAAAUCGCUUUUAGAUAAGCAGAUGAAACAAAAGUGGAAACUCAGUGAUAAGCACCGGGAGGAUAAGGAGCUGAUCAGCCUUUUGAAGCAAUUAAUGAAUCCCGAUGUGAGCGCUAGGAUCAGGAGCUCUCAGAUACUAUCCCAUCCGUGGUUUAGUAAAUAG